AUGCCUGUGUGCCCGGACGGCGGGCUGCGUACCCAGACAGACGCCGUCCUGUCCUGCAUUCUUUCAUACUGCAGACACGGGAUGUGUGUGAACAAGGAGUUGGACCUGCAGCCAGUCCAUGGGGAGUGGGGUCUUUGGGGGCCCUACAGUGUUUGCUCCAGGUCCUGUGGUGGAGGAACCCGGAGCAACACCAGAGACUGCAACAAGCCUGAGCCCAGAAAUGGCGGGAAGUUCUGUGUGGGUCGCAGGAUGAAGUUCCGCUCUUGCAACACUGAGCCAUGUCCGAGAGGUCAGAAAGAUUUCCGCGAAGAGCAGUGCUCUCUUUUUGACGGCAAGCACUUCAACAUCAACGGUCUACCUCCAACCGUCCGCUGGAUCCCUAAGUACAGUGGCAUACUAAUGAAGGAUCGCUGCAAGCUCUUCUGCCGGGUUGCUGGGACUACAGCGUAUUAUCAGCUGAAGGACCGCGUCACCGACGGCACGCCGUGUGGGCCAGACACUUACGACAUCUGUGUUCAAGGCCUCUGCAGGCAAGCCGGCUGCGACCACGUUCUCAACUCGAAAGCCAGGAAUGACAAGUGCGGAGUGUGUGGCGGAGACAACUCCUCGUGUAAAACCUUGGCAGGGACCUUCAACGAUGCUCAGUAUGGUUACAACACAGUGGUGCGGAUCCCAGCCGGAGCCACCAACAUUGACAUCAAACAGGUCAGCUACUCUGGAAAGCCAGAGGACGACAACUACCUCGCGUUAUCUGACGGCCAGUCCAACUCACUCCUGAAUGGGAACUUUGUGGUGGCCAUGUUUAAAAGGGAAAUCAACUUCAAGGGAAGCGUCAUCGACUACAGCGGCUCGGACACAAAAGUGGAGCGCAUCAACUGCACUGACCGCAUCGAUGAAGAGCUCGUUCUGCAGGUCUUGUGUGUGGGAAACCUCUACAACCCAGAUGUCCGUUACUCCUUCAACAUACCCAUCGAGGAACACAGGGAGCAGUUUGUGUGGGACCCCUCGGGCUCCUGGCUCGAGUGCAACCGCAUCUGUCAGGGCCAGCGAAGACGUAAAGCGGUAUGCGUGCGUAAGAGUGAUCACCUCGAGGUUUCAGACCAACGCUGUGAAGAUUUACCUCGACCUGUUGCUGUUGCUGAGCCCUGCAACACUGACUGUGAAGUCAGGUGGCAUGUCGCUGGAAAGAGCGAAUGUUCUGCAAAAUGUGGCCCAGGUUACCGCAGCCUGGACGUUCAGUGUAUGAAAUACGUCCUGAUGAAGAGACAGAGUGAGAGGAUGGAGGCCAGCGCCUGUGGAGACACCGCCAAACCUCAGACCAGAGAGCCCUGCCAUGGGGACUGUCUGCUGGAGAGCUGGCAGUACAGCGCCUGGUCACAGUGCUCUAAGACAUGUGGUCGUGGGAGCCGCAGCAGAGAGUCUUACUGCAUGAACAACCUGGGCAGGCGGCUGGCAGACCGGGACUGUAAUGAACACCAGAGGGUGGUCACUGAAACCUGCAGCGACCAGCUGUGCCCGAAGUGGACUGUUAGCGAGUGGAGUGAGUGCCUGGUGACUUGUGGGAAGGGGAUGAGACACAGACAAGUGUCCUGCACCUCGGGGACGGGGGACGAGAAGAUGAGCGAGCACUUCUGCGACCCCUCCAGCAAACCCCCUGCUGUGGGGAGCUGCGAGCUGCCGGAGUGUGCAUCCUGGCAGGUUGGCGUAUGGGGAGCGUGUGCGGUGACCUGUGGCCAUGGCUACCAGAUGAGAGCUGUUAGGUGUGUGUCUGGGACCUAUGGUGACACGGUAGACGACAGAGAGUGCAACGCCGCGGCAAGGCCAAGAGACAGUCAGGAUUGUGAGAUGCCGGUGUGUCCGUGGGCCUCUCCGGUGCAAAGCACGCCUCGCCCCGACAACUCCGCACAGCUGCUGACUCAGUGGAGAUACGGCUCCUGGACUGCGUGCUCUGUGUCCUGCGGCAAGGGGAAGCGUGCGCGUUACGUCAGCUGCAGAGAUGCCCAGGGAGGAGUCGCCGACGAGUCCAACUGCGCCCACCUGCCCCGGCCCCCCGAGUCCUCCGCCUGCUUCAGCCCCUGUGGCCAAUGGCGUGCCGGGGAGUGGUCUGCUUGUUCAGUGACCUGUGGCGCUGGAAGAACCACAAGGCAGGUGGUCUGCUCUAACUACCACCAACCUGUGGACCAGUCUUUCUGUGACCCCGAUGAGAAACCUGCAACAGAACAAGAGUGUACCGGUGCACCUUGCCCCCCCCCCUACAACCGCCAGCGCAUCAACGACCAGCCAUACGGAUAUCCCCAGGACCCAGGACGCCACCCCGGGCACAGCAGCUGGAACGUGCCCUCAGCCGACAACCAGUGGAGGACCGGACCCUGGGGCGCAUGUUCGAGUACCUGUGCAGGGGGCUUCCAGAGGCGAGUGGUGGUCUGUCAGGACGCUGAUGGACGCAGCAGCAGUUACUGCGAUGAGAGGGUCAAACCUGCCGAGUCCAAGAGCUGCGACUCUGGACCCUGUCCGCUGUGGAACUACGGAGUAUGGGGAGAGUGCACUCAGACCUGCGGUGGAGGACGGAGGACUCGCCUGGUGGUUUGUCAGAGGCCCAGCGGCCAGAGGCUCAACGACUACAACUGUGACAUCCUGGACAAGCCCCCCGACAUGGAGCAGUGCAGCCUGCAGCCCUGCCCAGGCUCCGCCUCCUGGCACCGCCGACCCUGGAAGCCGUGUUCAGUGAGUUGCGGUCGGGGGACCAAGCAGCGGGAGAUAGCCUGUGUUUAUCAGAACCAAACCAAAAUAGAGGAGGAACACUGCGGUCAUCUUCCUCGGCCGCGGACAGAGAAGGCCUGUCGGGCGCAGGGAUGCCCCAGCUGGAAGGCCAACAGGUGGAGGGAGUGCUCCGUCACUUGUGGAGUGGGAUCUCAGAACCGAGAUGUUUACUGCAGACUGAAAGGCACUGGGCGAGUCAGAGAGGAUCUAUGUGAUGCUCAGCAGCGUCUUUCCAUUGUCCAGCCAUGCCAAGCUGCAGAAUGCACACAUUACACUUGGGUCGCUGGUGAAUGGGAAGACUGCAAUGCAACGUGUGGAGAAGGCAUGAGAAGCAGGAAGGUGGGGUGCAUGGACGCAGCGAUGACCCCCGUCCAGGACGACUACUGUGAGCCAUCGUCCCAGCCAGCAUCACACCAGGCCUGCAAAGCAGCUCCCUGCCUGCUGUGGACUUCAGGGCAAUGGUCACAGGUUGAAUAA